AUGGCCGAGGACACCAUUACCCACUUCUCCCAUCCAGGCCACGAGCUGGUGAAGCGGCACUACACCGGGCCGUUCGGCUGCGUCAUGUGCUGGGAGCGCCUGUCCGGCGCCGCCUACGGCUGCCGCGCCGGCUGCGAUUUCGCCAUCCACGACGCCUGCGCCGGCCACCCGCAGACGCUCACCUCUCCGUCUCACCACCCGCACCAGCUCGUGCUCGUCGAGACCCGCCGCGACGUGACCCACGGCUGCGACGUCUGCGCCGGCCGCUGCGCCGCCGGGUGCUUCCUCUACCGCUGCCCGCCGUGCGGGUUCGACAUGCACCCGCGCUGCGCCAAGCUGCCCCCGGCCGUGCGCAGCGUGCGGCACCCGGAGCAUGACCUCGCGCUCGUAGUCGCCGAGGGUCGCUGCGCCGCGUGCCACGCCAUGCAUGGCGCCGGUGCGCGCGCGUGGCUCUACCGUUGCAACGUGUGCAACCUCGACCUCCACGUCUCGUGCGCCGCCGCCGAGGGCCCGGAG